GUCAGGACUGAGCUGCUAGAGGGAUGCUGCUAUGUAUCCUUCCCCCUCCUCCCUCGCUGCUGCUCCUCUCUCUAUCUCUCUCACCAGCCUCCCUCUUGCUCGCUCGCAUCCCUCUGAAUAAUCCACAUCUAGGGCAAGCUGACUGAGAGGCGAUCCAGCGCUCAGCUCCUCUCUGCAGCCUGAGAAAAGAGACAGAGAGCAAAAGGCAACGAUUUUCAACGCAGGAGGAAAAAAAAAAAAACGUGAGAAUUUUUUUUUUGACACAUCAAGAAGAUACAGAAUCAACCAAGGAAGAUUUUCAUUUGCGGAUAUCAUUUAUUUAUACAUAUUGUUUAUAUAUCUAUAUAUAUAUUUGUACACACGCAUAUAGAUAUUUAUAUAUAUAAAUAUACAUUUAUCCUUGUACAUAUCUGUAUUUGUGCUCGUCUGUUUAUAUUAAUAUUUUUAUAUGUAUUUGUGUGUGUAAAUAUAUAUGAUAUAUAAACAAAAGAAUCUAUAUAUCUAUGAAUUUAUAUGCGUAUCACUGUGAACCAAGAGAAGCAAGAAGAAAUUUCUAUCAUCAGGGCUGGUCUCUGAUUGCGUGUUGGCAUACAAUAUCUUAAAUAUUUCCUUUGAUCUUCUACGUCAAGAGGACAAAGACUACGUGCCCAUUUUGUAUUUUUUGUUUUCCUGUUGCUGCUUCCCAUCCAUCUCAGUUUCAGCUUCUUUUUUUUUUUUUGUUCUCUACAUCCACGAGGAAUAAAGCAACCGGAUUUGACCAAAACAGAGAGUAAGAGAGAGAGAAAAGAAAAAGAAAAAAAAAAACACGACAGAGGGGAAAAUCUGUACAAAUUCCUGUGAUUGGUGUUAUUUCCUUCGGCGCUAGCGCUCUGCGAGCUGAUCGCCGCGUGCCGUGUGAGAUCUGAGGAGGCAGCAGAGACCGAGUGCCACGCCGCUCAUCCCAGCGUCAGCCCAGCCAGCACAGCCAGCAUGCACAAACACCAUCACUGCUGCAAGUGCCCAGAAUGUUAUGAGGUGACCCGUAUGGCAGCUCUGCGCAGGAUGGACCCCCCAGCGUACGGAGGAGACUGGCAGGCCGAGCCCUAUGGAUACCCACCUGGGUACGGGGGAGGCCAGACCUUGCCCCCUCCAGCCUCAGGAGGGGGUGGAAGCAUGGGAGGAGGAGGAGGUGGCGGGGGUGGAGGAGGAGGUGGUGGAGGUGGCACUUUGGGGAGAAGUAAGGGCAAGAUUAUGUCUGGUGGAGGCCCUGGAGGCCCAAACCCAAAGGGCCAGUCCAAGUGUGGCCCCAAAGUAAACGGCAACAACUCCAGUGGACAAGGAGGAUGGUGGCCUGAGUGCACCUGCACCAACCGGGAGUGGUACGACCAGGCCAACCCUCCCCCCAUCAUUGUCAACGCAGACUCACUAGAUGCAGGCCCUUAUGUAAACGGAAGCGACGGGAUGUAUAAAUAUGAGGAAAUCAUUUUAGAGAGGGGGAACUCCGGCCUGGGCUUCAGCAUUGCUGGAGGAAUAGACAAUCCCCACAUUCCCGAUGAUCCGGGGAUUUUCAUCACCAAGAUAAUCCCUGGAGGAGCAGCUGCUAUGGACGGACGACUGGGGGUCAACGACUGCGUCCUGCGUGUGAACGAAGUGGACGUCUCCGAGGUGGUUCACAGCCGAGCGGUGGAAGCCCUGAAGGAGGCGGGGCCUGUGGUGCGGCUGCUGGUCCGACGGAGGCAGGCCCCCCCAGAGACCAUCCUGGAGGUUAACCUGCUGAAGGGCCCCAAAGGACUGGGAUUCAGCAUUGCUGGGGGAAUUGGGAACCAGCAUAUUCCUGGAGACAAUAGCAUUUAUAUCACCAAGAUCAUAGAAGGAGGAGCCGCCCAGAAAGAUGGACGACUGCAGACUGGAGACCGACUGCUAGCUGUGAAUAACAUCGUGCUGCAGGAUGUGCGUCAUGAGGAGGCGGUAGCUGCGUUGAAGAACACCUCUGAUAUGGUUUAUCUCAAGGUGGCCAAGCCGGGACCCGUGCAUCUGAAUGACAUGUAUGCCCCUCCAGACUACUCCAGCAGCCUGGCCCUCCCUCCAGCCUUUCCCACCAUGGUGGACAACCACGUCAGCCACAGUUACAUGGGGGCGAUGGAGCCAAAGCCGGUGUAUCCGCCUCCCCAGGUGACCCCGUCCAGGUACUCGCCCGUCCCCCGCCACAUGCUUGGGGAGGAAGACUUCACGAGCAGGGCUGAACCUAUUUACAGUGUCAUCCACAAACCUGGGGAUAGCAAGGCGCCCCAGGCCCACUACAGAGGCUUCUGUCCUUCCCCUGCUCCCCUGUGCCAAGGUCCACUCCCCUUCUCUGGCAGGGAGCCGAGGAAGGUGGUGUUGCACAAGGGCUCCACCGGACUGGGCUUCAACAUUGUCGGCGGGGAGGAUGGAGAGGGGAUUUUUGUCUCCUUCAUCCUGGCUGGAGGGCCAGCUGACCUGAGCGGCGAGCUGCGGAGGGGCGACCGGAUCCUGUCGGUGAAUGGAGUGAACCUUAGGAACGCCACUCAUGAACAGGCGGCUGCAGCCCUGAAGAGAGCUGGACAGACUGUCACCAUUAUUGCUCAGUACAGGCCUGAAGAGUACAGUCGCUUUGAGUCGAAGAUCCACGACCUGAGGGAGCAGAUGAUGAACAGCAGCAUGAGUUCAGGAUCAGGCUCCCUGCGCACCAGCGAGAAGCGCUCCCUCUAUGUCAGAGCUCUCUUUGACUACGAUCGAGCGCGAGACAGCUGUCUGCCCAGCCAAGGCCUGAGUUUCUCCUACGGCGAUAUCCUUCAUGUCAUCAACGCUUCUGACGAUGAGUGGUGGCAGGCGAGGCUCGUCACUCCGCACGGAGAGAGCGAGCAGAUCGGGGUCAUUCCAAGCAAGAAAAGAGUGGAAAAGAAAGAGCGAGCCAGAUUAAAAACUGUCAAGUUCCACGCCAGGACAGGCAUGAUUGAGUCCAACAGGCAGCAAGUUAAAGUGAAGCGCAAAAAAAGCUUCAACCUCUCACGCAAGUUCCCGUUUUACAAGAGCAAGGAGAAUAUUGUGCAGGAGUUGGUGGAGACUGAACAAUGCCUGACAUCCAACACCAGUGACAGUGAAAGUAGUUCAAAGGGUCAAGAGGACACGAUCCUCUCCUACGAGCCAGUCAUUCGGCAGGAAAUCCACUACACGAGGCCUGUGAUCAUUUUGGGCCCAAUGAAGGACAGAGUAAACGACGACCUCAUCUCCGAGUUCCCCCACAAGUUUGGCUCGUGCGUUCCCCGUAAGUUGGGACCCAACGUUGUGCACGGCGUGGCAAACUCUGAAUCAGACGUAGAAACCAACCAGUUCUGUUUUGCCUCCGCAGACACAACCCGUCCAAGGCGAGAGAACGAGAUCGACGGGCAGGACUACCACUUUGUGGGCUCAAGGGAGCAAAUGGAGAAAGAUAUUCAGGAUAAUAAAUUUAUUGAGGCUGGCCAGUUUAAUGAGAACCUCUACGGGACGAGCAUCUUGUCUGUCAGAACUGUGGCAGAGCGGGGGAAACACUGCAUUCUGGAUGUGUCUGGGAACGCCAUAAAACGACUGCAGCAAGCACAACUUUAUCCGAUCGCCAUCUUUAUAAAACCAAAAUCCGUUGAAGCGCUAAUGGAAAUGAAUAAGCGGCAGACGUACGAGCAGGCGAAUAAAAUCUUCGACAAGGCGGUUAAGCUGGAACAAGACUUUGGAGAGUAUUUCACAGCUAUUGUACAGGGUGACUCGCUAGAGGAGAUCUACAACAAAAUCAAGCUAAUCAUCGAGGAGCAGUCCGGGCCAUACAUCUGGAUUCCCUCCCCAGAGAAGCUCUGAGCUCCCGGCCGUCCAACCUGCAGCGGCGCAGAGCUGCCCCCCCCCACAGACCCCACCCACGUCCACAUGCCAACCCCCUCGCCCCCGCUCCUCACCUCCUUUUUGCAGAUAUGUUUCAUAUCCAGUUUUAGUGUCAUCAUUAUGUUACUCUCUAAAUGAAAAAGAAGUCUUUAUCACCAUUACUGUGACUGUGCACACCCCUGCAUGAGUUUCUCAACAAAACCAUUCAAGACUGGAAUCGCCAUUCCAAAAGAAUUUGUCAAACGAAAGCAGAAAGGGAAAAGGAUCAACUUCCUUUUGUGGACUAGGAACUGCCUGGGCGUCAGGAAGGAGGAGGAGUAGUGAUUCAAAAAGAAGAAAUAAAGACAAAUCAUACCAAGUUGGAAUACUUUGUAAAUGUUCAUCAGAUCACAUUUAAAAAGACAAGACAGGAGGUUGAAGAACAAUUAGGUUUUGUUUUUAGUUUUUUGGGUUUUUUUCUAAACGGACUGGAUCAAAUUUGAGCCCUGCUGAUGGUACUGUUCGAGUCGUCUCUCUUGUUUAUACCGACGGAGGAAAUUGGCGGAGGAGCCUAUUAAAAAAACAAAAAAACUGGUGAUCUAUUUAUCACGAACCAGCUCACUGUUUGGUCGUCGGGAAAGAUGGCGGAUCAAGAGGAAGAAAUGUGUUGUGAAUCUACAUUUAUAUUAUAAGAUCACAAGAUAAAUCAUUAAGUCCUUCUGAGAUUUUACAGCAUAUUGAAAACUUCACAUUUUACACUUCGUUAGAACUGUCGUUCGGAGGGCUGUUUAGAUUUUUUCCUUUCUUGUGGGAUUUUUUUUUUUUAAAUUCGAUUUUACUUUUUGGCUUGUGGUUUUUAGCUGCUCUGUAAAGGACGGGGGUAGAGAAGUGUAACCGGGCUCUCUGCAAAACACCAAACUGCCUUACAUCUAAUACAAAUUCUGUUUUGUGACUACCUGUUGUCUGCAAGGGAGGCUGGAAGCAACCGAAGAGGGCGAUAUCUUUACAUUUUGUGCCCUCAAAGAGCCAGGAGAUGAGACGUUAAGUGCAAUAGAUCAAAUAUCAAGUCUUGCCUCCCUUUACUUUUUUUUUUUUUUUUCAGUUUUUUUCUGCGUAAUCAAACAAUUUGGCUUUUUCCGAUCCAGCCAGGUAGAGCCUCAUGACUCAUGUUGAGCAGUAGACGACCCCAUUACACUCUCUGCCUUCCAGGACGAUUCACCUCUGAUUGGUCACAUGGUACUGUCCUAUCAGCCGUCGCUGUGUGUGGCGGCCUUAAAAAACGGGUAGAACAAGACAAUAAUUGUAUUGGAUGUUCUAACAAUUAAAAAGUCAGUAUAACCUGUUUUUGCAUUGUUCCCCCCCUCUGCCAAAAUGAGAAAACACUAAAGUUGGUUUGAGUAAAUCUUUUUAUGCUUUGUGUAUCUAUAAACCUUGACGCUGAGCCACUGUGUUGAGCUCUUAGAGGUGACGCCAGAUUUCUAAAAGAGGGCCACUCCUGCUUCAUUUUUAACUGGACAUCAUUGCCUUCUCUCCUGCAGGACUCGCAGCUCGACAUUGAAAACGAUCGAAACCGUGACCUCUGAACCCUCUCAGCCUUUUUAGUUUUUUAUAUUUUAAUUCUUCUGCGUUUAUCUCGACUGGAACCUAGACGUCUGGGGAUCCCCCUUCUCUCUUUCUCCAGCUCACACAGAACCUAUACACCUGCAGGCGUUUUUUUCCUAUCAGGUGUGCCCACCUGCCAGGCACCACUGCUCAACCAGCUGUCAUUACCUGUGUCAAAACCAGAGUUCAGGGAAUAACCGAAGGGAACAGAGCCAUUUAUAAACUGCUUGCAGACUGUUUCAAAACGGUGUGGUAGCUGAACAAUGUAAAUAAGCCCCUCCCCCACAGAUCCCCUCCUCACCUGUGCUCCUUGCAUGUGUGACUCAAACUCAGACAGGUUUUAUAGACCGCAGACGUCAGGUAAGUAAAAGUCUGAGCGUCAAGCUGUAACGUCAGUAUUUCUCAUGGGAACGGUUAGCUAGCGAGACGGGGAUCCAGUUCCCUGGAGUAGGGAACCGUCGACGUGUCUGGGUGUAACGAUUCAAAAACGAUGUAAAAUAAAAGGAAGGCGGAACCCUCCAUCGUUAGACGCUUAAAGUCGGUCCUCUCUGGUGUUUAGCGGACAUCCAGCUGACUGUUAAUAACGUGUGUAUUCAUACCUCAGUCAGCCGCAUCAAAGCCCAAAGAACUCAAUAUCACUCCUAUUUCCAUUGAGGUUAACGGUACCUGAACGCAUCUGUGUGUGUAUAACUGGCCAGGGACGUUCUGAUGAGAGACAUGAUGCGUUUUAUUUUUAUUUUAUUUCAUUUUAUGGGGGGAAGGGGUUGGGGAAGGGGCUCAGGCUUUUUGUUUGUACUUUGGGGUGAUGAUAUGUUUCUGUUCUGGCACAUUGUGCAGUAAGUGCUUGCAAACAUGAACCCUUUGAUUGUACAGUAGUUUCCUUCCUGUCACUGCAGGUGGUACAGCCUAUCAGGACACUCGGCCUCAUGGUCUUCCCUGUCCUAGUCAUGAGGGAACGCGGUCCUGCAACUUUUUUUGUUUGGGUUUUAUUUUGGGACUUGACAAGAGUUUAUUUGUUUGAAAAUAAAAUAUGUGACUCAGUUAUAA